AUGUCUAUUCAUUUGACUAUAGAUGUAUAUAUUUACCUCCUUAGUAAUGCGCGAAGUCUUUAUGGGAAGCAGAAAAGCAAGCAACUACAUUUCUUGUGCUCACCUAAACAUUACUGGAAGAUAAGCCACAUCAGUCUACAAAGAGGUUUUCAUACAAGCAAAAUAAGAUGUAAAUGGACCAAAAGUGAAGGGCAUUCUUGCAGUAAGCACUGGUACGCUCCAAGCAACAAUGGGUUACAUGGGAUUUUGAAACUUAGCACUUCUGCUCCCAAAGGACUUACAAAAGUGAGCAUUCGUAUGUCCCGUAUUAAAAGUACUUUGAACUCUGUUUCAAAGGCUGUUUUUGGAAAUCAGAAUGAAAUGAUCUCACGUUUAGCUCAAUUUAAACCAAGUUCUGAAAUAUUAAGAAAAGUAUCAGAUGGUGGCUGGUUAAAACAGAAAAACAUUAAACAAACCAUCAAAUCUCUGAAAAGCUAUAGUGACAAAUCAGAAAAGAGUUCUGCUCUAGGAAAGCAAAGUGACGUUAUAGAUAAAGAUAAAGAAAUUGGUAAAGAAAGCCCUUUACCUUACACAAAUAUAACCACAAAAUUUGAAGAGUCAUUCUACUUUUUAUCCAAUCAUAUUAACUCAUACUUCAAACGUGACGAGAAAAUGUCUCAAAAAAAGGAAACCAAACAUUUCCAGGACAAGUCAAAACUUGAAUAUAAAAAGGGUGAAGGGAAAUCCAUGCCUGCAACUCUUGAUGUGCUGACUGACAAGAAGCGAGGCCCAGAAUCCUCUUCGUCUACCGUGGUCGAGCCCAAAAGUCCCAGUGGGACACCUGAGGUCCUUCCAGUUUCUACUAAAAAAACUAUUGCUAAUUUUCUUUCAUAUCCCACUGAAGGUGUACAAGCUUUAGUAGGUGGUUAUAUUGGUGGACUUGUCCCGAAGUUCAAAUAUGAUUCAAAGAGUCAGUCAGAAGAACAGGAAGAAGCCACCAAAGUUGAUCAGGCUGACAGCGAUAAAAAAGCAGAGGAGAAAAGGAAUUUAAUUCUUCAGAGAGAGAAGAUUAUUGCAAGAGUGAGUAUUGAUAACAGAACCCGGGCAUUAGUUCAGGCAUUAAGAAGAACAACUGACCCGAAACUCUGCAUUAAUAGGAUUGAAGAACUGACUUUUCAUCUUCUGGAAUUUCCUGAAGGAAAAGGAGUGGCUGUCAAGGAGAAAAUUAUUCCGUAUUUAUUACGAUUACGACAAAUUAAGGAUGAAACUCUUCAGGCUGCAGUUAGGGAAAUUUUGGCUUUAAUUGGCUAUGUGGAUCCAGUGAAAGGAAGAGGAAUCCGAAUUCUCACAAUUGAUGGAGGAGGAACAAGAGGUUUGGUUACUCUUCAGACACUGAGAAAAUUAGUUGAACUUACUCAGAAGCCAGUUCACCAGCUGUUUGAUUACAUCUGUGGUGUAAGCACAGGUGCUAUAUUAGCAUUCAUGUUGGGAUUCUUUCAUAUGCCUCUGGAUGAAUGUGAAGAACUUUAUCGAAAAUUAGGAACAGAUGUGUUUUCACAAAAUGUCAUUGUUGGGACAGUCAAAAUGAGUUGGAGCCAUGCAUUUUAUGAUAGUCAAACAUGGGAAAAUAUUCUUAAGGAAAAAAUGGGUUCUUCACUAAUGAUUGAAACAGCAAGAGACCCCACAUGCCCUAAGGUAGCUGCAGUAAGUACCAUAGUAAACAGAGGGGUGAUACCAAAAGCUUUUGUGUUCAGAAACUAUGGUCAUUUUCCUGGAGUCAACUCUCACUAUUUGGGAGGCUGUCAGUAUAAAAUGUGGGAGGCCAUUAGAGCUUCGUCUGCCGCCCCAGGCUACUUUGCAGAGUACGCAUUGGGAAAUGAUCUUCAUCAGGAUGGAGGUUUGCUUCUGAAUAACCCUUCAGCCUUAGCAAUGCAUGAAUGUAAAUGUCUUUGGCCAGACGUCCCCCUAGAGUGCAUAGUGUCCUUGGGCACUGGGCGUUAUGUGAGUGAUGUGAAAAACACCAUGACAUAUACAAGCUUGAAAGCCAAACUGUCUAAUGUUAUCAACAGUGCAACAGAUACAGAAGAAGUCCAUGUAAUGCUUGAUGGUCUGUUACCUCCUGAUACCUACUUUAGAUUCAAUCCUGUGAUGUGUGAAAACAUACCUCUAGAUGAAAGUCGCAAUGAAAAGCUGGAUCAGUUGCAGUUGGAAGGGUUGAGGUACAUAGAAAGAAAUGAGGAAAAAAUGAACAAACUUGCGAAAAUUUUACGUCAAGAAAAAACAACUAUGCAGAAAAUUAAUGACUGGAUAAAACUAAAAUCCGACAUGUAUGAAGGCCUUUCAUUCUUUUCAAAAUUGUGA